AUGUGGUCCACGCGCCGCCCACGCGCACCAACGACGGCGACUUUAUGUACGACGAAGAGAGCAUCAAUGAGAUCCCAGCACUGUCCCAAGAAAGCCUCUUUGCCGACGACCUCAAGCUGUCGCAGGAUGGCCGCAGGGACCCGCCGCCGACCUACGGCAACGAAGAAGUCUCGGACGCUGAGUCGGGUGCGUCACUCGUGUAA